AUGACAAAAGUACAAACCGACUCUUCUUCGUCAGCUUCAAAGAAAAAACGAGAUCUAUCUGAUCUCGACACUCGUCUCGGAUUCUUAUCUGCUACACAACCUGAAAAGCACCCUCGGAUAAUUAGACUAGAUGUGCCUCUUCUGCAGCCUGACAACAAUGUAGUUUAUUUUCCCGAUCUACUUCGUGAGGAAGGUUUGGAACCACCAACACCAAUGAAGAAAUUUCCGUCCGGCUCAGACACACCCGUGUCUGGUUCGGACGCUACUCCUCCUCCUUCACCUGGCUCCAAAACCCCAGAUCAUUCUCUCCCUUUGCCGGCAGAUUCACCGUUCGGAUCACCCUUGGCGUCAGGAACACACGAGAGUGAUGCAUUUUUUAAUAGGCUGUUAGAAAACGCGGAAAGAAGGGAAAAAGAUGAACGAGCGAAAGCCGAGUCCGAGAAGCCGCAAAAAAAACGGCCUAGAACUGAAAUGUACGAUAUGAGCGAUCCCUUUAUCGAUGACAGCGAUCUGGUACCUUCCCAGCGUCAAGCUAGGAAAGUGCGACCAAAAUUAGACGGAUUUUUUGUUUGGAAGGGACCCUUGACAAAGAAUGACUUAGAAAUGCUAGAUGGCGAGGGAAAGCCAAAAAGAAGAGUCAGAACUAAAUGUAUAAAUUCGCCUGAGGAGUCUAAGCAGCCUCGCCCCCGCAAACGCGUUUCCAAGAAAGCAGAUAGUACUAUUUCUGAACACAAGCUCGCGACACCCUCCCCUUGUAAGCAAAAGAGAGAUAAAUCUUCAACUGAUCCGGAAAAGAAAACGCAAAGCUUGAUAACGAAAUUCGUUUCAACGGCUGGAGGCGGAUCACAAAACCAAACAGGCGAGACUAUAAUUGAUUUCGGUGAACCGUCUACUCCCGUUGUUCAGGCUGAGGUCAUGAAGACAUCUGGGAAGAAAAAAAAGACUUAUGUUGUGGAAUCUCUCCCGCUAGAGCUUCAAUCAGCCAUUGAAUUGUUUAAAGACGCGAUUACAAAAGAGAGUUUUGAAGUCAAAUCAAAAUUCCCUGUCAACUUAAAGCCAACCCUACUAAUUGCAACGGCGAAGGCGUACGACAUGGGGCUGUUUAACGAGAACUUUUUCAAAACUCUGACGAAUUUACUGCCUUAUAACAAAUUCACUGUCACGCGCCUGUGUAAACGUACUCUAUUCCCAAUGAAAAUACAAGAGUUGGAGCAGGCGAAAGAACAACUAAUAGCCGACUUGAAAAUAGCAAUUGAUACAACAAUUCCUAAUCUUAUCAAACGAUAUAACGAGCAAAAAGCCGGAUCUUUUCGUUCGGAAAAUUCUUUUAAUUCGGAUGGUUGUGGCAAUUCUCCUUCGAGGACAGUAACGCCUACGCCGCCGAAUGGAAACACAACGCAUAACGGAACUCACAAUGCAAUGUCAGUUGACGCCAUAAUUGAUAAUGACGUAAAUGAUAUUGAUGCAGAUGCUGGAGAGGGAAGCGAUGAUAGAAGUGACGGUUUUGGAAAAGUGAGCAAAAAGUUUAAGUGGGAUGAUGCAACAAAAUCACUUUUGUGGAAGGUUAUAAAAAUCGAAAUGGAUUUGACUGCAAUGCAGAAUGAACUAAAUGAGGCAGAAGAGAAAUCAGAGCGAUUGUCGGAACAAACUAUGCGAAAGCGAUUAUAUCAACGGCUUCUCUCUUUCUGGCCAUCGGGAUGGAUAACUUCAUAUGAUAUCUCACGUGUAUACAGCGCGUUUAAACGAAAACUUAAGGUUAAUAAUGAACAGGGAAGUGACAGGACAUAA